AUGGACGCAGACCCCAAGGAUGUCGGAGACUCGAUAUCUCUGAGCCCAUACAAGCCUGCCACCAAUCUACGUGUCUGUCCACCGCCGGAGGCCCUGCCGAAAACCCACCAUUCCUUGUUUGCGCUCUCCAACCUCUUUGGAUGGGCGCUCAUCGUCAUCUCCUCCCCAGCCCCCGCCCUAAUUCUGGCCCGGAUCGACGACUUGCAAAGCUCCAUCGACCAAGCAGAGCCCUUCUCCACCCCCGCCCUCAACAAAACCCAAUCCAUCGUCGUGCCCACCGCCCCCCUCUGUCCGGACCCCUCGGUAUUCGUAACCCAUGCCGCCUUCGCUGCCUGCGAUCGGCUCGUCGUCCUAGCCACCUCAGACGGCGCCCUACACAUAUUCUCAUUACACCACUUGGUCACCCAGAAAAACACCGCCCCAUCGAGCUCGAUCCGCCCCGCUUCUUCGAAUGGCUCUCUGCGCAUGCUGGUCCCCAAUCCAAGCAAGGGAGGCCCGCUCGCAGCCCUCAUCGCCCUGGUCUAUCAGGACGGGACGAUCACAGUGGUCGACUGCUACGACGGCCAGAAGACCUAUACGACCAGCCAACGCGCCACCGCAGCCGAGUGGAGUCCGAUGGGCAAACGUCUCCUGGUCGGCUAUGAUCACGGCACGCUCGAGUUCCUGACUCACGACGGGAUCAGCAAAGGCAAGAUCGAUUGCCCAGCACUCUUGGGGAAGGAGGCCCUUUCAGUUAUGCAUCUCAAGUGGCUCGAUCAAAAGAAUUAUAUCGUCACUUUCGCUCCGACAGCCGAUCAACCAUCUGACGAACCAAACGAAACAUAUUGUCUCAACGUCCCCAAGCAAUCCGAGUCCCCAGCAUGCACGUUUGCCAGAGUGGUUGAUGCGAUCACCACCGACGGCGACACAACUCUGCCACCCGGCCUUCUGACGCUAGCCAUCUCCGUCAAUCCACAGUCCCAUUGGAAACACAUCGCCAUCUCAUCCUUCACCAACAGUACCUCCCUCACGCUCGUCGGAUAUGACCAGCUCGACAAGCCAUUCUACCUAGAUCUUGAGGAAGGCCGCCCGGAGAUCCCGGUCACCGAAGAAGACUAUGCUCCCUCGGGCCCCCUAGGCUUCGCACUGAGCUAUUGCAGCCGUCAAAGGUCGCCCCUGAUAUGGUGCUACACCACCGACGGCGUACUCAGCCUCUGGAAACUCGCAUUCACCGAUCCUUCUUUACCCCAGGACCUCGAACUCUGGCCGGAAAUCACUAACUUUAGCGACAUAUCAGCCGCACCCGACAAGGGCAUCCAACAAGCCCCCUCACCACCCUCACCCGCAAAGCCUCUCAACUCUGCUCGAGAUACCUCCCAGACUGUUAACCCUCAACAACCGCCCGCUGCUUCUCAAUCAUCCGCAUCCGGCGCGUUGACCGGCUCGAGUCCUGCCGCCUUUGGCCAGCCUUCGCUAGCCUUCGGCCAACCAUCCCUAGCCACCAGCCAGCCCUCCGCCUCGGCACCGUUUUCAACCCCAGCGACGUCCACCCCUUCCGGAUUCGGCUCGUUUGCCGGCUCGACCCCCGUGGCCUUUGGACAAUCUUCUCUAGCCAGCAGUCAAACUUCAUCGGGAUCACCUGCCAAGCCACCUGCUUCUACCACAUCCGGGUUCGGUUCGUUUGCCGCAUCAGCGCCCGUGGCCUUUGGGCAAUCCUCUCUAGCCACCAGCCAAUCAUUCUUGGGCCCGUUUUCAACCCCAGCAAAACCAGCGACGUCCACCCCAUCCGGAUUCGGUUCCUUUGCCUCCUCAAGUAAUGUGUCGGCCUUUGGCAAACCCUCCUCCGCCAAAGAGGAUUCCACCUCUGCCAACACUGUCUCUCAACCGUCGACUGCUUCUAAAACGUCUGGAUUUAGUUCGUUUGCCGCCUCAGCGCCCGUGGCCUUUGGGCAACCCUCCCUAGCCACCAGCCAGACCUCCUCUGGCCCGUUUUCAACACCCGCAAAGCCAGCAACAUCCACCCCAGCCGGAUUCGGUUCUUUCGCCUCCUCAAGUAAUGUGUCGACCUUUGUCAAGCCCUCGUCCGCCAAAGAUGAUUCGACCUCUGGCGACACUGCACCUCAACCGGCGACUGCUGCUAAAGCAUCUGGAUUCGGCUCGUUUGCCGCCUCAGCACCUGUGGCCUUUGGGCAACCCUCGGUAGCCAGCAGCCAAACCCCUCUAGCCAACAGCCAAGCUUCAUCGGCACCGCGUGAAUCCUCGCCGAAGCCACCCAAUUCUACGGCAUUUGGAUUCUCCUCUUUUGCCGCCUCAACCCCCGCAGCAUUCGGUCAACCCUCGCAAGCCAGUAGCCAGACCUCCUCGGGACUGUUUUCAACUCCCGCAAAGCCAGCUACGUCAACUCCAUCCGGAUUCGGUUCCUUUGCCUCCUCAAAGAAUGUAUCGGCCUUUGGCGGACCCGCCCCAGUCCAAGAUGCUGCAACAUCUUCCGACACAGCACCUCAAGCGGCGACUCCUCCUAAAGAAUCGAGAUUUGGUCCGCUUGCCGCCUCAACCCCCGUAGCCUUCGAUCAGCCCUCCCAAGCCAGCAACCAAAGCUCUCCAGCCAGCAGCCAAAGCUCCCGAGCCACCAGCCGAGCCUCCUCGGGAUCGCGUCCAUCCUCGCCGAAGCCAACUACUUCCACGUCAUCUGCAUUAAGCUCUUUUGCCCCCUCAAAGAAUGUGGUGGCUUUUGGCAAGCCCUCCCCAGCUAAAGAUGCACCGACCCCGGCGACUCCGUCUAAAGCAACGACAUUUAGCUCUUUCGCCGGCUCAACCCCCGUCUCCUUUGGUCAACUCUCGCUAGCCAACAGUCAACCCUCUUCGGGACCGUUUUCAACCCCCGAUAAGCUACCUACUUCCACGCCAUCCGGAACAAGCUAUCUUGCCUCUUCAAGUAACGUGACGGCCUUUGGCAAGCCCUCCCCAGCCAAGGAUACUUCGACUUCUUCUGACCCCGUCUCUGAAGCGGCGACUCCUCCCAAGGCGUCUGGAUUCGGUUCUUUUGCCGCCUCAACACCCGUAGCCUUUGGCCAAUCUUCUCUAGCCAGCAGCCAAACCUCUUCGGGACCGCGUCCAUCCCCGCUGAAGCCACCGACUUCCACGUCGUUUGGAUUCGGCUCUUUUGCCGGCUCAACCCCUGCGGCAUUUGGUCAACCGUCGCUAGCCAAUAGUCAACCCUCCUCGGGACCGUUCUCGUCCUCUGAGAAGCCGCCUACUUCUACGGCUUUUGGAUUCGGCUCCUUCGCCUCAGGGAAUGUGUCGGCCUUCGGCAAACCCUCCCCAGCCAAAAGUGCUUCCACUUCUUCUGACCCUGUGCCUCAAGCGGAGACUCCCUCUAAAGCGUCUGGAUUGAGCUCUUUCGUCGCCUCAACCCCCGUGGCCUCUCGUUCACCCUCGCGAGUCAGUAGCCCAGCCUUAUCGGGAUCGCGACCAUCCUCGCCGAAGCCACCUCCGUCCACGGCAUCUGGAUUAAGCUCUUUUGCCUCAAACAAUGUGACGGCCUCUGAGAAGCCUUCCCCAGCCAAAGAUGCUUCGACCCCUUCUGACACUGCCCCUCAGGCGCCGACCUCUAAAGCAUCUGGAUUGACCUCUUUUGCCUCCUCGAGUUCUGCGGCCUUUGGUCAACUCUCCCUUGCCAACAGUCAAGCGUCAUCGGGACCGCCUCGAUCACCCUCGGGACCGCCUCCACCAUCAUCGGGACCGCCUCCACUGUCACCUGGACCGCCUUCAUCCUCAUCGGAAUCGCCUCCAUCCUCACCCAAGCCACCUACUUCUACACCAUCUGGAUUCGGCGCUUCUGCCUCCUCGAGUCUUCUGACCUUUGGAAAACUUUCCCUAGACAAUAAUCAAGCGGCUUUGGGACCGCUUGCAUCCUCCCAAAAUUCACGUAAUUCUACGCCAUCAUCUGGCUCCCCGAAGUCAACUCCUUCCACGCCACCACGAGCCUGCUCGAAGUCGCCCACCUCAACGCUUUCGCCCACAUCCGAUCAGUCAUCUAGAAGGUCAUCUAUCUCGGCGGUAUCUACCUCCCCACAGUCACCUACAUCCAUGCCGGCUCAUGCGCCACCUCUCACGCCCCGCGAGGAACCUUCCCCCACGCCUCCUACUUCCACUGUGAAGCCACCUUUUUUGGCGACACGACCAGAAUUCACAGUUCCAAUGAAAACUUUAGAAUCAAAUAAUGUCCCCAAAAUAAAUCUCGAUUCGAGUGAGAGAUUUCCUGAUGUCGCCGGAAAGCCUUUGGAUGAAGCUUUAUCGGCAAUCACUGAUUCGAUAACGUCGGAAAUAGAUUGUUUAGCUCCGGUCGGCUUGGUCUGUCGGCGCUAUUUGGAAGAAUGUCAGAAGAAACUGCAAUCCGAACCACAGGUUGCGGAUCUAUCGCAGUUCCAAAACUGGGCAUUCGGAGACUUGUCGCUCUUGUACCAGUUUGUUCAGUACUUCGCAGAACAUACUAAGCAAAAAAAGGCGGAAUACGAGUCACGCGGUCAGGCUAUCGCAGCUUUGGACGGUGUUACCAUAAAAAUUGACAUGAAACUAGACGAAAUCAAGCGACUUUGGCGUCUUCGUAGUGACCCCACAUUUUCACAAGUAAUACGCUCAAGACAACUAGGGCCUGUCCAGCGUGCUCAUCAAAAAGACAUGCGGCGCCUGAUUAGAGAUGUCAAACACGGUAUUUCUCAAAUGUCCGAAGUCCUCCAGUCGUUUGAUUCUCGACACCGGGAGGCAAAAUCAUGUAGGAAUAGAAUGCAGACCCCUUCUCUAGAUAUGAUUAACCGAUGUAUACGCUGCAUUACUCUUGGUUUCACUCAGCAUAUCAUCGACCUCGAGAAAAUGCAUCUUCGGGUUCGCCAGCACAAGGUCCUAACUUCAUCCCUUCCAGACAGACCAAAGCCACUUGGACUGGAAUCCGGUCAAACUCAGAAGGGCUCCUCUCGGACACCGGAUCAAGCUGCCGCCGUUAGAGCUUUGCUGAGCGAACACAGGGGGGCCAUGCUCAAAGAAUCAAUCUUGAAACACCAUACUGAACCAAUCCUUACCCGAGCUCGAACAUUGGAUGAAUUGAACUCCACCGAUGAACCUCAUGGGCUGUCUCAUAUUGGUAUCACCAAGACUAUUAUCAUUAUGCCUAGGCAGACAACUUGA